AUGAAUCGCACGCUGGUCGAGUGUGCGCGUUGCAUGAUGGAACACGCUGGACUGGGAAAGAGCUACUGGGGUGAAGCAGUGAUGACGGCGAUGUUUCUUCGAAACCGCUGUCCAACACGUGCCAUUCACCAAGACAAGUCUCCAUAUCAAGUGUGGACGAUGAAGAAACCGAUUCUGGCCAACCUUAAAGUGUUUGGAUGCCACGCGUAUGUUCAAGUGCCUCAAGACAAACGCGCGAAGUUCGACUCCAAGUCAUCACUCUGUCGUUUCCUGGGAUACGCCGAACACCAGAAGUCAUAUCGAUUUGAGGAAGUGUCAACAGGAGCGAUCAAGAUCAGUCGCGAUGCCACAUUCAUGGAAGACAAGUUUGAUGAAGGUCCGCGCAACUACAACGAUGAGUCAAGUGUCGUUGAGUUUUGUGAUCAUGAUGAGGACGAAGAAAAAGAAGAAGGUAAAACUGACGACGAAAUGGACUCGAGCGACGAUGACAACGAAGACACCAGGUCUUCGAAGAGCAACAUCAAGAGACACACGCGCACUCAAUCACUUGAGAAAGCUACCGUCAUUCCAAGUCCCAAGCGAAGAACAUACAGAGGUCCGUCGCUUGAGCAUGUUGGGGAAACGCCGACUACAUUCAAGUCGGCGAUGGAAUCAAGCGACUCCGGCAAGUGGAAAGAAGCAUGUGACUCGGAGUUCGAUUCGCUUCAGAGAAACGACACGUGGGAAAUCGUGCCUCUUCCGAAAGGUCGCAAGGCCAUCGGGUGCCGAUGGGUUUUUCGUGUAAAGGAGAAUCAAGAUGGCGAAGUUGAACGUUUCAAGGCAAGACUUGUGGCCAAAGGAUUCUCACAGAAAUUCGGAGUUGACUAUGAAGAAACUUUCGCACCGGUGGCCAAGUUCACAUCGAUUCGUGUGGUGCUCAGUAUGGCGGCUAAGUACGGCCUAAUGCUACAUCAGAUGGACGUCAAGACAGCGUUUCUUAACGGCUCCCUCAACGAAGACAUCUACAUGGACCAGCCGGACGGAUACCUGGAUGCAACACAGCCGGACUAUGUGUGCAAGCUAAAGAGAUCACUCUACGGCUUGAAGCAAUCGCCUCGCAUGUGGAACCAAACAAUCGAUGGGUUCAUGAUCAAGAUGGGAUUCAAGAAGUGCGAAUCGGACCACUGCAUCUACAUCAAGCGAGACGACCAAGACAUGAUUCUCGUGGUGCUCUACGUCGAUGAUCUCAUCCUGGCCAGCAGCAACAACGAACUCCUCAAGUCAACCAAGAUGGCGCUGAGCAAACGCUUCGAAAUGACGGAUCUCGGUGAGCUCGAUUACUUUCUCGGCAUGGAGAUCAAGAACGACCGUAAGACGGGAAUGGUGACUGUACAACAAACCAAGUUUCUCAAGUCCGUGUUAACCAAGUUCGGAAUGGAUAACAGCAAGCCAGUGAAGACGCCUCAAGAUCCCGGCCUGAAGCUAACCAAGAACAUGUGUGAACAAGAAUGCAAGCACGAAGACACCAUGUGCAACGUGCCAUAUCGAAGUGCUGUCGGAGGCAUCAUGUAUCUCAUGGUCGCCACACGUCCGGAUCUAGCUGCUGCAGUGGGAUCAUUAUCCCAGUUCUCGUCCGACCCAUGCCCGACUCACUGGCAAGCUUUGAAGCGUGUGCUGAGAUACCUGCAAGCAACGCCCAAUCAUGGUCUUGAGUUUACACGUGAAGAAGGAAGCCGUAUCUGCGGGUACACCGACGCAGACUGGGCCGGCGACAUUGAGUCAAGACGAAGUACAAGCGGCUAUGUGUUCAUGAUGAGCGGAGGAUGCAUCAGCUGGAAAAGCCAGAAACAACGGACGGUCGCGCUAUCUUCAACAGAAGCAGAAUACAUGGCGCUUUCCGAAGCAACCAAAGAAGCAGUAUGGCUCAAAGUGCUUUUGGGGAACUUGGUGAGAUGA